CCCCUUCUCGCCCGGCGCCGGCGCGGUUCCCGGAGAGGCGAAAAGUGGCGCGCAAUGGCGGUCCCUCCCCGCUCCACAGGUCUCAAUGAUGGGGCUCCCUUCUCCGCUGCGAGAGCGGGUCAGAGGUUGGAGUGUACCAAGUAGCGACGGCGGGGGGAGGCCUGUGGGUGGGGGCGUUCGAAGGUUACAUCCUCGGCGAGAGAGGUGACGUGAACCCCGCUAGUCUCCUCACUCCAGUCUUAGAAGCUGGAAAAUAACGGGGAUCUCCACGUGCCGAAAAAUUAGCUCCCAGCGGCGCUCCAUUGGAGAACUAGCUCCACCUCCCUGGAGCCCGUGACUCCGCCCCUCCGCCUGGGCCCCUCCUUCCGCCCUCGCUCAUUGGUGGGCCUGGAGGAGUCGGGGAAGGGGGCGGGGGCAAGCUAGUCUCGCUCACUCCCUUUCUUGGAAAGCACGCGCCGCCGCAGUAGCGCGGGCUGAGCGGCUGGGAAGGAAGCAGCUGUCUCGGGCGCGAGCUUCUGUGGCGUCCGGGCCCUGCGGGCAGCAGGUUGGUGCUUAGACCCGGCGGCGGCGCGGCGGCGGCGGCUCCUCCCUCCACGUGGGUUCUCUGGCGACAUGGAGCUGGAGGAGUCGGGGAUCCGAGAGGAAUGCGGCGUGUUCGGGUGCAUCAGCUCCGGAGAGUGGCCCACGCAGUUAGAUGUGCCGCAUGUGAUCGCUCUGGGACUCGUGGGACUGCAGCACCGGGGUCAGGAGAGUGCUGGUAUUGUCAUCAGUGAUGGGAAUUCAGUACCGACAUACAGAACACACAAGGGAAUGGGUCUUAUAAAUCAUGUCUUUACUGAAGAUAAUUUGAAGAAAUUAUAUCCUUCAAAUCUUGGAAUUGGACAUACGAGGUAUGCCACCACAGGAAACUCUGAAUUAGAAAACUGUCAGCCCUUUGUUGUUGAAACACUUCAUGGGAAAAUAGCUGUGGCACAUAAUGGCGAAUUGGUCAACGCUGCUCGAUUAAGGAAAAAGCUUCUGCGCCAUGGUAUUGGUCUGUCAACAAGUUCUGAUAGUGAAAUGAUUACCCAGUUACUGGCAUAUACCCCUCCUCAGGAACAAGAUGAUACUCCAGACUGGGUAGCAAGGAUUAAAAACUUAAUGAAGGAAGCGCCCACAGCAUACUCCCUACUUAUAAUGCACAGAGAUGUCAUUUAUGCAGUACGAGAUCCUUAUGGAAAUCGCCCUCUCUGCAUUGGUCGACUUAUUCCUGUAUCUGAUAUGAAAAAUAAAGAGAAAAAAUCUUUAGAAUCGGAAGGAUGGGUGGUGUCUUCAGAAUCUUGUAGUUUUUUAUCUAUUGGUGCACGAUAUUACCGUGAAAUCUUGCCUGGAGAAAUAGUGGAAAUAUCCAGAAACAAUGUCCAAACUCUUGAUAUUAUACAAAGGUCUGAAGGAAACCCAAUGGCUUUUUGUAUCUUCGAAUAUGUUUAUUUUGCAAGACCAGAUAGCAUAUUUGAGGACCAAAUGGUUUACACAGUAAGAUACCGUUGUGGUCAGCAGCUGGCAAUUGAAGCACCUGUGGAUGCAGAUUUGGUUAGCACUGUCCCGGAAUCUGCUACGCCCGCUGCUCUUGGUUAUGCUGGAAAGUGUGGGCUUCCAUAUGUGGAGGUACUAUGUAAAAAUCGGUAUGUAGGAAGAACCUUCAUUCAGCCAAACAUGAGGCUAAGACAACUUGGUGUUGCAAAAAAAUUUGGAGUAUUGUCGGACAACUUUAAGGGCAAAAGAAUUGUUCUUAUAGAUGAUUCAAUUGUGAGAGGCAAUACCAUCUCACCCAUAAUCAAAUUGCUGAAAGAAUCUGGUGCAAAAGAGGUACACAUUCGAGUAGCUUCACCACCAAUUAAAUAUCCAUGCUUCAUGGGAAUAAACAUACCAACCAAAGAAGAGCUUAUUGCUAAUAAACCAGAAUUUGAACACCUUGCCGAGUAUCUAGGAGCAAACAGUGUUGUUUAUCUGUCAGUAGAAGGACUGGUUUCAUCAGUACAAGAAGGAAUAACAUUUAAAAAACAGAAAGUGAAAAAGCAAGAUAUUAUGAUUCAAGAAAAUGGGAACGGUCUGGAAUGCUUUGAAAAAAAUGGUCAUUGUACAGCUUGUCUCACGGGAAAAUACCCUGUAGAACUGGAUUGGUAGCUGGUAGGGGUAGAUACAAUGUUUCAAGAUAUAAAAUUGGUUAAAAUGUUACAGUGGUUACACUUUAUCCAUUUAGUGUUCUUCAGCUGGUACAAUGUAAAUGCCACAUGGUUACGUGUAAGUUUUUGAGAUGUUUUAUUUUUUCUGUAAAGGGUACCAAAGUGCUAUGCUCUCUGUAAUAAGCUUAGAUAAAUAUUGUGGUGUUAUCUAGGAACUUGGAUAAUCCUUUCAGUUUUACUUAGUUGUUUAGUACUUUGAGGCUAUCAGUUAUGAGAUCAUCAACAGUAAUGUAAAGGAUGGGUAAAUUUUCUGUUUUAGAGGGCAUUUCCAGGUACUAUACCUUACCACAGAUAGUUAAUAGAAUUUUGUGGAAUGUUUCUUGAGAAUUACUAAAGUUCAUUGUGGAAUAUUUUCAUAAUUGAACCUUGCUAGUUGCAUAUAAUGCAACAAUAUUGGUAUUCUUUUUUUAACACAAGCAUCAGCUAGCCAUUUUCACCUGGUCAGAGAAGGCAGCUGGUAAGAGGCAUUUGCCAGGUCCAUGCUUCAAAGAGUUUGCAAGCAGUUAGACUAAGAUGGUGUGAUACAAACAGGACAAGUAAGUUAAAUAUAACGUUUCAUGCAAAUUUCUCAUCUAUUAUAGCCCAACGGUGUCAAGCCUCUAGAGUUCUGAUUAUAGUUAUGACCUCGGCUUCCUUGUCUAACUUUAGACAAAAAUAUUUUUAAUGCUUUUUUGUGCCUCACUUUUCCCAACCUGUGCAAGGGGGUACUGACAUUACUAAAAUAGUUAAUAGGAAUGUGAAUGUGUAAUAUUCUUGGUGGGUUGAGCCAUCAUUUCACACCUAUAUUUAAGAUAUUGCAUGAUUAUUAUUUUUUGAAAUGUUGGCUAUUAGACCGCAAUUGAGAUUUCAUUAUGAUGAAUGGAGAUAUACAGUUUAGUCGUACUUUGCCACCUGCCUUUGAAAUGCCCUAAAAAUGAUUGUAAAAAUAUGUGGAAAAAGUUUGACUAGAAAGUGUGAUCCAUACUACUUAGUGUCCUGACAGUAUAAAGCUCAGCAAGGAACCUAGUGUGUGAAGUAAAAAAUAAAAUUUUAGGUUCUAAUGAACUUUUAAUUCUUGAUCACUUGCAAGCAUAUACACACAUUCAUGUCAUUGCAAUUAAAUGAUCAAGUAGAAGAACUGCAGGGACCAAUUUUAGUAAAGGAACAAGAAGACAACUACUUUUUUGGAAUUAGCAUGCUCAUCUAAUUCCAAACAUCAACUUAACCACUUUUUGUACUUAGUUUUAUUGGGACUGACGAAUUUGAAUUUUUUGAAGUUUUUUUUUUCUUGUAACGUCUGAGAUUUAAAAUUUUAAGACAGCUUGCCUCCAAUUCCUAUUUUUGUAAGAUUUUUAAAACAGAAACAUGUUCUGUGUUAUUUUUACCACAAUUUGAUGUAUAUAGUUUCCAAAUCCAUUUGGAAAUUUAAUAUUUAUUAGUAACAAAUCUUUUUGUCUUCAUUUGGUAUGUAGUCUCACAUGUUGUAUUAUGGUAGGCCAAGGAAAUAUCCUGACAGCUCUUUUAAGACCAAGAGCAUCCAGGCAGCAAUGGGUCAGGUAACCCUGUGGCAGUGACACAAGCAAGCUGCAUUUAAAUAAAACCCUGGGACCAUUUGAGUGGAUAGCCUCUUGUCUUAAAUGUAUUUCUCAUAGCAGUAUGAAGGAGGCAAGACUUAUGGGUCAGUUUUGAACAGCCUUACUUUGGUUUAUAAAAAUGAGUCUCAGGGAAAGUGCUAAACCAAAAUCUCUUAUUUGACUUUUGUGUUUUCCAUAGUUUUUAUUUUGUUUUAUUGAAGUGCUUUUAUAAUGAAAUAAUGUACUAUAUGAUAGUUUGGUAAUUCUUCAAAUUUCUUAAUGUUUCCCAUCAUGGCCUUUUAUUUCACAAAUUUCCGAAGUCUGAAUUACAUUUUUUUUACCAACUUAAUCUGAAAUGUUUAACUGCUUUAAAUUUAUACGAGUAUUGUAAACUUUAGAGAAGAUGAAAAAUGUGUUUUCACAGGAUCUAUAGCCUACUUUUUUGUGACUUCAUUUUGAUGUGCUGGUGCAAAAUAUAUAUAAUUAAAUAUGUUUAAGUGUG